UGUGACCUUUUUUCAUAGCGCUCAUAGCGCCUCAGCGAGAAGAAUCUAUUGCAGAAGAUGCUGCCGGCGUCAUUCUACCAUUGCUGAUCGAUGUAGCGGCCAAUAACAAGCCCGUAUAACAAAGUGAGGCAGAACACGUGGAGGGAUGACUCGGAAAGGAGAUUUGACGUGGCGGGGAGGGGUUUGUUACAGAGGAUCAGGGGGCGGAUCAGCAGGGGACUUCUUGGGAUGCAGCAGGGCAGCGAUAAAGGACAUGGCGGGAGCUAGGGCUGAAGGGGGGAUUGGCUUGGGAACGGCGUGACGAGCAAGGGCGAUCAAGAUCUGAGCACAGUAAGGGCUUUGACCUAGUGUGGACUCCAGUAAGCCUCGCCCGGGCUUACGCCCAUUUUAGAACCGCUACAUCGAACAGCGCGAUGACACGUGGCCGUAGACUACGUGUCCUGGCUUGCGAAGCAUAUUCGAAGGUCCUUGACAAAGAGGAAGUGCAGCGAUAGAUAGGGAUUUCUUUUCUUUGUUCUUGGCUUCGCGUCAUCGCUCAGGGUUUGGGAUGGGCUGCCGAGGGAUGAUGUUGUAGCAGCGACGAUCAGGGCAAUGGAUGAUGGCGCCAGCCCUGGCGCAUUGCGAAGUCCCAGCGCCGGAGCCGGCAUUGUGCUGAAAUUGCGAAAGAUUGAUCAUCGGGAGCUUCCCAGCGAUGUUUCUCCUCGUGUCUACGUCGCGGCAGCGGAUCGAUCAUUCCAGAACGCGUGCUCGUCACAGAUGGAUUUGAAGCGUAUAGGUUCGGAUACUUGGGAGCUCACGAAAGCUUUUCCCGUUGAUUCAGGAAAAGUACGUUUCAGAUUCUCUCUAGACGGCACUGGAAUCUCCAAUGGCGAUGAAUUUGGGAAUCACAUUUUCUCUCUCGAUGAUAGAGAAAUCUCCGAAGUUUUCAUUCACAGCUUUAAGUUUGCAGUGACCAUAUCCAAACAAGAGGAAAAUGGCGUAUUGGUUUCAAAGGAGAAUGCCUUGGCACGACCCAGGUCCGUAUCAAUUAAGGACUUGGUGCUUUUAGGCUCUGAAGACCCUGUGGCAGUGGAGUCUACUGUUUCUGGAAUGGGGACAACGCCAAAGUCGCCAGAAGCAAGAAUGUCAUCCCGUUCUAUCGGCACGGAUCCUUCAACUCCUCGUUAUGAGGAUCACCAGGGUCUCUUUGUGAACAGGAGCGUCGGUAACUCUCCAAAGCUCCUCCGGAUUUCCAGUGAUAUUAGUAUGUUGGACGGCGAUUUGGGGCUGAAUGACAAGCGAGAGGAUAUGCCGGAGGCCACUGGAGCUGUGGCAGCUGCAGCGGUCUCUGAAAGAAUGCUGCUUCCAAAAGAACGGCGCCAACUCGCUAUUGUGCUGGUGGGCUUACCAGCAAGGGGGAAAACUUUCACUGCUGUCAAGCUAACCAGAUAUCUUCGUUGGCUUGGUCAUGACACUAAACACUUCAACGUUGGAAAAUACAGGCGUUUAAAACACGGCUGCACUCAGGCUGCAGACUUCUUUCGUGGCGACAAUCAGGAAGGUGUUGAUGCGCGAAACGAAGUCGCGAUUCUUGCAAUGGAGGACAUGUUCUCCUGGAUGGACGCUGGUGGUCAGAUUGGUGUCUUUGAUGCCACGAAUAGCACGAAAGAACGAAGGAACUUGAUUUUAAAACUAGCAGAAGACAAAUGCAAGGUGAUUUUCUUAGAAACAAUCUGUAAAGACCAGAGUAUAAUCGAUCGCAACAUCAAUCUCAAAAUCCAGCAAAGUCCGGAUUACGCUGACCAAACAGAUUAUAAUGUGGCACUCAAAGAUUUCAAAGCUCGCCUUGAAAACUAUGAGAAAGUAUAUGAAACCGUGGACGAGGGGUCUUACAUCAAGAUGAUCGAUACUGUUACAGGGCAAGGUGGUCAAAUACAAAUAAAUGCUAUCAGUGGAUAUUUGCCUGGACGCAUCGUUUUCUUUCUGGUCAACACUCACAUUACCCCUCGUCCAAUCUUUCUAACACGACAUGGUGAAAGUAUGUACAAUUUGACAGGGCAGAUUGGAGGCGAUCCACCUUUAAGUGACGCUGGAGAGCAGUAUGCCAUUCAGCUGGCUAGUUUCAUCGGCAAGCAACUUAAAUCAGAAGUUACAGCAUCUAUUUGGACUAGCACCCUUCAAAGAACAAGUCUUACUGCCCACCACAUUGUACGAUUUCCAAAGGUGCAAUGGCGGGCAUUGGACGAAAUCAACGCUGGAAUCUGUGACGGCAUGACUUACGAAGAAAUCGGGAAGAAAAUGCCAGACGAGUACUUAGCGCGUAAGCUGGACAAGUUGCGCUACAGAUAUCCUCGCGGUGAAUCCUAUCUGGAUGUAAUACAGAGGCUUGAGCCAGUCAUCAUAGAGUUGGAGCGCCAGAGGGCUCCGGUUGUAGUCAUUGCUCAUCAGGCUGUUCUUCGCUCCUUGUAUGCCUACUUUGCGGACAAACCACUGAAAGAAAUCCCACACAUCGAGGUACCACUCCACACUGUCAUUGAGAUCCAAAUGGGAGUCACUGGGAUCCAAGAGAAACGAUACAAGCUAAUGGAGGAUAAUUGAUAACCUCAUUAUAAAAGACAUUUCGUACGGAAGCGGGAAAAUGGGGGAGUUACGUACGGGUAUCGUGACAUGUCCCCAUUUGGGCAUAUGCGAUUAGGGCGCUAUAGACGAGCAGGGAAUCGGGGAAUUCGCAGCUCCGGUAGCGAAAUUCGUGGAAUUCGGUGCGCGGAUGCAAAUGCACGCCUUGAAAUCGUCAAAUUGGGCGCAUUCGAUCGCGAAUUGGGAUCAAUCGAUCGCGAUCUGGGCGCCCCUUGAUUGAUGGAUUGAUCGGACCAAAGAAUUGCCGCAAAUCUAACGAAGGUGCUGUCACUGGGGCAAGUGUCUUGCUGUUUUGGCAGUGUUAGAAGGGGACAACGAAGCAAGCUAAUUUAGCUUAUAUUAGUGCAAAUGAAAAUGCCGCCAUCAGGAAAGGCCUCCCUUUUGUCGC